AUGGAAGAUAGCAAUAUUAACAAACAGUUGCACCGGAAAGAUCCAUACGAUUUAUUUGGAGAAUUCUCUCGUAUUUCCAUUUCCCAGCAAGAGCUUUUGCACCGCACCCCCAUGGUCGGAGCCACUUCACCCAACUACCACCGCCGCGAUUCGCCGUCUGAAUUCAUCCCACUAUCCUCCACUCCCAUCCUCAUUCUCUCUCCUCCUCAUACCAACCAACACGUUUUUCACUCUCCGCCUGAGGAGUCGUUGCUUCCCUCUUCCGACAUUCAUGUCGACGACGAGUCUCAGCCUCCGGGAAAGGUUUCCGAAUUAGGGUUUCCGGAGAACUCGCUACAUUCUGAUUCUGAUGAAACACUAAGGACUUGGCCACUUGACGCAUCGCCGUUACCGUUUGAACUUGUAGUAGAAAUUCUAUGUCGUUUGCCGCCGAAGCUUCUCGUUCAAUUUCGGUGUUUAUGUAAGUCAUUCAAAACCCUAAUUUCUGAUCCCAAAUUCAUCCAGAAACAUCUUCGCCUGUCAAAAAAAAGAUCGUGCCACCGCCUCCUUCUAAACCCCGGCCGUGAGUCGCAUGUACUGUCUUACCCACUUCACUCCGGUAUCACCACUUUCACCAACACCAAUAACGCCACCCGACUCCAUUAUCCCUUCAAACAAUUCUACUAUAUCUUCGGCUCUUGCGAUGGAAUCUUGUUUUUAGAGGCCAACAACGGCUCUCUUGUUUUGUGGAACCCUUCCAUUCAAAAAUUCAAAACAUUACCUUCUUUAGGUUUAGGUUUAUGCCAAUAUCGUGCUUAUGGUUUUGGGUUUGAUACCUUAAUUGAUAACUAUAAGGUGGUUUCUGUUCUUUGCGAGAUGGAUAAUGAAGGAUUUCUUCAAGCUACUGCUAAAAUUAAGGUUCAUACAUUAGGUACUGAUUCUUGGAGAAUGAUUCCAGGUGACUUUCCUGCCCCAUUAACUAGGUGGCUGAAAUUGGCUAGUGGCACACUAAACUGGUUUGCAUCUGAUUUUGCGUAUGAUGAUUAUACCAUUAUUUCUUUUGAUUUGGUGAACGAGUCCUAUCGAAAUAUUUUUCCUCCUAAGCACGGCGGGGAACUUCUGUUUGAGGUGAGCUUGGAUGUUUUGCGGGAUUGUUUGUGCAUCUUUUCUCAUAGUCGCACAUUUUCUCGUGUUUGGAUAAUGAAGGAAUAUGGAAAUGAAGAGUCUUGGACUCAGUUGUUCCGCGUUCCUUGCAGUCCAGAAUCUUUCUAUACUAUAAGUGCAACGCCAAUAUGGAUUUCUAAGGAUGACCAAGUGCUGAUGAAGAAAGAAAUGUUGCCGGCAGGGGAUAUGAAUUUGGCCAUUUGUGAUUUCAAAAACGGCGCUUGUAAGAUUCUAAUGAAGGAAUACAUCAAUCAUUGGGGUCCCUCGGAUGUCUACAUUGAGAGUUUGGUAUCACCUUGUUUCUAA